AUGGCUCAUCACAAUGGCACUGUGGUGGUGACCACAUUUAUCCUCCUGGGCUUCACUUCCCGCCGUAAUCUUCAGCUCCUUCUCUUCAGCUGCUUCUUACCCAUCUACCUCCUUGGCCUUGGAGGUAACCUGUGUCUGGCCAUCCUCAUCAGGGCUGAGAGGCCCUUGCACACUCCCAUGUACUACUUCCUAAGCCAUCUGGCCCUGAUGGACCUGUGCUCCUGCUGCACCGUGGCUCCCAAGAUGCUCUUGGGCCUCUUGAAAGGGCACGACACCAUUCCUGUCCCAGGCUGUGCCCUUCAGAUGUUCUUCUUUGCGGCUGCUUCUGAUGCCGAAUGUUGCCUACUGGCUGCUAUGGCUUAUGAUCGUUAUGCAGCCAUCUGCCGUCCUCUGCACUAUGGAGCUGCCAUGCCACAGCGUCUUUGUCGCCUCCUAGUGGCAGUGUCCUAUGCAGCAGGGGUGACCUCUGGAGUCAUCCACUCAAGCAUGGCAUUCCGCCUGCCCUUCUGCAGUGCUCACACUUUGGAUCACUUCUUUUGUGACAUCCCUCCAGUGCUGGCUUUGGCCUGUGCAAACACGGACCUUAACCAGCUCCUCCUGUUAGUGGUAUGUGGAACUAUCCAAAGCAUCUCUCUAGCAGCCAUCAUAGUUUCCUAUGGGAUGAUCCUCUGUACUGUGGGGCAAUCAGGGUCACGACGAGCCAUAUCCACUUGUGCAUCCCACCUUACAGCUGUGGGGGUGCUGUAUGGCACGCUCAUUUUCAUGUACCUACGGCCCGAGAGCACGUAUGCCCCCCAGACUGACAAGAUGGCUUCUGUCUUUUACACAGUGGUCAUCCCUACCCUUAAUCCUGGUAUCUACAGCCUCCGUAAUUCCGAGGUCAAACGGGCUGUCAGAAGGAGACUAGCUAAAUGGGGGCACUGA